CGGGGUGUGUGUAGUGUGCGAGGGAGAGAAAGAGGAGACGGCGUCGUGCGCACACGCUGCCACAAAAACACGGAAAUAUAUUUAAAUUGUAUGUAUACCGUUACCUUAACAUUAAGAGCUUCCAAGUAUUGAUUGAUAGAUUAAGUGUGCCUGGAGUUACUGUUAUUGGAGCCAGUGUGAAGUCAAGUUACUGAAUCAUAACUCUGGAUUACUCUGCAGAUAAAUAACUUUAUUUAGUUAGCUAAACUGUUAGCUAACUGAAUAGAAAGUUUUCUGCUGUUUGCUAUGUCUGGAAGCGAAGAUGACAGAGAUGAUUAUGGAGCCCCUGAUGACCGAUUAAUGCACGACGAUGAGGAAGAGGAGAUCUCGGAGAAUGAGACUCCGAAGGUGAAAAAGAAGAAGAAGGCCAAGAAGAGCCGGGAGAGUAAAGGCAGCAAGAGGCGGUCACGCAGAGAGGAGCUUCCCAUCAGCUCCCCAGAGCCCAUGGAUGUGGGCGGGGUGGAGGAGGCAGAAGAUGGUGCCGCCCCGCGCUCUGACAGCGAGGGCAGCGACUACACUCCAGGACGAAAGAAGAAGAAGAGAGCCAGCAGCGGAAAAGAGAAGAAGAAGGCCGACAGGAGCUCCUCUAAGAAGAAAGAGCCGGAACCGGAGGAGGAAGAUGACGACGACGAUGACGAUGGGGGGGAGCCAAAGACUUCGUCCCAGCUCCUCGAUGACUGGGGCAUGGAGGACAUUGACCACGUGUUCACCGAGGAAGACUACCGCUCUCUGACCAACUACAAGGCCUUCAGCCAGUUUGUCAGGCCCCUCAUCGCAGCCAAGAACCCCAAGAUCGCCGUGUCAAAAAUGAUGAUGGUCCUUGGAGCAAAGUGGCGCGAGUUCAGCACCAAUAACCCUCUGAGAGGAGCGGCUGCAGCCAACGCAGCGUUGGCCACUGCGAAUGUCCCUGCCGCUGUGGACAACAUGGUAGCCGAAGUCGCCCCGGCUGCUGCCGCACCCGCUGCUUCAGCAGAGCCUGAGCAGCCUCCUCAACCACCGCUACGCAAGGCCAAGACAAAGGAAGGCAAAGGUCCCAACGCCCGCAAGAAAUCGAAACCUGCACCUAAACCACAGGAGAAGAAGAACAAUGCCAAGACAAAGAAAGUAGCUCCUCUUAAAAUCAAACUGGGAGGCUUUAACAGCAAACGGAAACGCUCAUCGAGCGAGGAGGAUGAGCCUGAUGUGGACAGCGACUUCGAGGACGGCAGCAUGAACAGCGUCUCCGUCUCCGAGGGAUCAAACAGCCGCAGUAGUCGCAGCAAAAAGAAGGCAUCCAAGAGCAAACCCAAGAAGAAGAAAGAAGCAGAAGACGGUGACGGCUAUGAAACGGACCACCAGGAUUACUGCGAGGUGUGCCAGCAGGGCGGGGAGAUCAUUCUGUGCGAUACCUGUCCAAGAGCGUACCACAUGGUCUGUCUGGACCCUGACAUGGAGAAAGCCCCAGAGGGCACCUGGAGCUGUCCCCAUUGUGAGAAGGAGGGCAUCCAGUGGGAGGCCCGUGAAGAGGGCUCAGAAGGUGAGGAGGACAAUGGCGAGACAGGAGAGAUCGAGGAAGACGACCACCACAUGGAGUUCUGCAGAGUGUGUAAAGAUGGAGGAGAGCUGCUCUGCUGCGACUCGUGCCCCUCGUCGUACCACAUCCACUGUCUGAACCCGCCUCUCCCUGAGAUCCCCAACGGAGAGUGGAUCUGCCCCCGCUGCACGUGUCCGCCAAUGAAAGGAAAGGUCCAGAAGAUUCUGACGUGGCGGUGGGGUGACCCUCCUGCCCCCACACCUGUCCCACGCCCUCCAGACCUCCCUGCAGACCAACCCGACCCCGCCCCGCUGGCCGGGCGGCCGGAGAGGGAGUUCUUCGCCAAGUGGUCCAACAUGUCUUACUGGCACUGCUCCUGGGUCACAGAGCUGCAGCUGGAGCUGCACUGUCAGGUCAUGUUCAGAAACUACCAGAGGAAAAACGACAUGGACGAGCCACCGCCCAUCGACUUUGGCGAGGGCGAGGAGGAUAAGAGCGUGAAGAGGAAGAAUAAAGACCCGAUGUACGCACAGCUGGAGGAGAAAUACCUCCGCUUUGGGAUCAAGAUGGAGUGGCUGAUGAUCCACCGCAUCCUCAACCACAGCAUUGACAGAAAGAAUAACGUCCACUACCUGAUCAAGUGGAGGGAGCUAGCAUACGACCAGGCCACCUGGGAGGCAGAUGACAUGGAUGUACCAGAGUUUGAUGUCUUCAAGGUGCAGUACUGGAACCACAGAGAGCUGAUGAUGGGAGAUGAUGGAAAACCCGGGAAGAAGAUAAAGGUGAAAGGACGAGUGAAGCGGCCCGACAGACCUCCAGAGAACCCCGUCGUUGAUCCGACGAUAAAGUUCGAGCGUCAGCCGGAUUACCUGGACAGCACCGGCGGGACACUGCACCCGUACCAGCUGGAGGGUCUGAACUGGCUGCGCUUCUCCUGGGCUCAGGGCACCGACACCAUUCUCGCUGACGAGAUGGGUCUGGGAAAGACGGUGCAGACGGCCGUCUUCCUCUACUCGCUGUACAAAGAGGGUCACUCUAAAGGCCCCUUCCUGGUCAGCGCCCCCCUCUCCACCAUCAUUAACUGGGAGAGAGAGUUCGAGAUGUGGGCCCCCGACAUGUACGUGGUGACAUACGUUGGAGACAAAGACAGCAGAGCCGUCAUCAGAGAGAACGAGUUCUCCUUCGAGGACAAUGCCAUCCGAGGAGGAAAGAAGGCAUCCAGGAUGAAGAAAGACUCGUCAAUCAAGUUCCACGUUUUGCUGACCUCCUAUGAGCUGAUCACCAUCGACAUGGCAAUCCUGGGCUCCAUCGACUGGGCCUGUCUUGUGGUGGAUGAGGCCCACAGACUGAAAAACAACCAGUCUAAAUUUUUCCGGGUUUUGAAUAACUACCCUCUGCAGCACAAACUGCUGCUGACUGGAACUCCUCUGCAGAACAACCUGGAGGAGCUUUUCCACCUGCUCAACUUUCUCACACCUGAGAGGUUCAGUAAACUGGAGAUCUUUCUUGAAGAGUUUGCCGACAUCGCUAAGGAAGACCAGAUCAAGAAGCUGCACGACAUGCUGGGUCCACACAUGCUCAGGAGGCUGAAGGCCGAUGUCUUCAAACACAUGCCUUCUAAAACUGAGCUCAUUGUCAGAGUGGAGCUCAGCCCCAUGCAAAAGAAGUACUACAAAUUCAUCCUGACGAAAAACUUCGAGGCUCUGAACACCAAAGGAGGAGGAAACCAGGUUUCUCUGCUCAACGUCGUCAUGGACCUCAAGAAAUGCUGCAACCACCCCUACCUCUUCCCCGCGGCUGCUAUUGAAGCUCCAAAGAUGCCCAACGGGAUGUAUGACGGCAGUGCUCUCACAAAGGCUGCUGGGAAACUGCUGUUACUGCAGAAGAUGAUGAGGAAGCUGAAAGAGGGAGGACACAGAGUGCUUGUCUUCUCUCAGAUGACUAAGAUGUUGGAUUUGCUCGAGGACUUCCUGGAGAACGAGGGCUACAAAUACGAGAGGAUCGACGGAGGAAUCACUGGAGGGAUGAGACAGGAGGCUAUUGAUCGCUUCAAUGCUCCCGGCGCACAACAGUUUGCCUUCCUGCUGUCAACGAGAGCCGGAGGUCUGGGAAUCAACCUGGCCACCGCCGACACCGUUGUCAUCUACGACUCUGACUGGAACCCUCACAACGACAUUCAGGCAUUCAGCAGAGCUCAUCGUAUCGGUCAGAACAGGAAGGUGAUGAUUUAUCGCUUCGUCACCAGAGGCUCUGUAGAGGAGAGGAUUACUCAGGUCGCUAAGAAAAAAAUGAUGCUGACUCACCUGGUGGUCCGACCUGGCCUCGGAUCCAAAACGGGCUCCAUGUCCAAACAGGAACUGGACGACAUCCUCAAGUUUGGAACAGAGGAGCUCUUCAAGGACGAGACAGAAGGUGAGAACAAAGAGGGGGAGGACAGCAGCGUCAUUCACUACGAUGACAAGGCCAUCGACCGUCUGCUGGACAGAAACCAGGAUGCCACUGAUGACACGGAGCUGCAGAGCAUGAACGAGUACCUGAGCUCUUUCAAGGUGGCUCAGUAUGUGGUCAAAGACGAGGAGGAGGAGGAGGAGGAGGUGCAGCGGGAGAUCAUCAAGCAGGAGGAGAGCGUGGAUCCGGACUACUGGGAGAAACUGCUGCGUCAUCACUACGAGCAGCAGCAGGAGGAUCUGGCUCGAAACCUGGGCAAAGGAAAACGUAUCCGCAAACAGGUCAACUACAACGACGGCUCUCAGGAAGACAGAGCUGAUUGGCAGGACGACCAGUCUGACGGCCAAUCAGAUUACUCCGUGGCCUCUGAGGAGGGAGAUGAAGACUUUGAUGAGCGUUCAGAAGCCAACUCUCGCAGGCCUAACAGGAAGGGCCUGAGGAACGACAGAGACAAACCGCUGCCCCCCCUGCUGGCCAGGGUGGGAGGAAACAUCGAGGUGUUGGGUUUCAACUCUCGGCAGAGGAAGGCCUUCCUGAACGCAGUCAUGCGUUAUGGGAUGCCUCCUCAGGACGCCUUCACUACCCAGUGGCUGGUCAGAGACCUGCGAGGGAAAUCUGAGAAAGAGUUCAAAGCGUACGUCUCUCUGUUCAUGCGUCACCUCUGUGAGCCUGGAGCUGACGGAGCUGAGACUUUCGCUGACGGCGUCCCCAGAGAAGGAUUGUCACGGCAGCAUGUCCUCACUCGUAUUGGCGUCAUGUCACUCAUUCGUAAGAAGGUUCAGGAGUUCGAGCAUGUCAACGGCCAGUGGUCGAUGCCGUGGAUGGCCGAGCUGGAGGAGAGCAAGAAGGCAGCAGCUCAGCCAGAAUCCCCCGGAAAGACGCCGUCCACUGGCACCCCUGCUGACACACAGCCCAACACUCCUGCUCCAGUGGAUGACGCCUUGAAGAAUGAGGAAGGAGCUAAAGAUGGGGAGAAAGAGUUGAAGAAGGAGGGCGAGGCCGAGAAGAAUGGAAAAGAGCCCACAAAGACUGACGAGGUGAUCGCCAUCCCAGACGAUGACGAGAAAAGUCCUCCUGCCGAUGCUGACAGCAAGAAGAACGGCGAGGAGCCGAUGGAGACGGACAAACCGAGUAACGGAGAGGUGGAGAACGCUAAAGAGAAAGACGGAGAGAAGGAGAAAGAGAAGGAAGCAGAGGGCGAGAAGAAGAGUCCAGAGGGAGGAGAAGAAACCAAGUCGCCCUCAGAGACGAAGACGGAGAACUCCGAGGUCAAAGCAGAGGAGUCCGACAUCAAGGCAGAAGAAAAGAAAGAAGAGAAGACAGAAAAGAUGGACACCACUCCUCCUGCUGAUGAAAAGAAAGCAGAUCUGAAGGAGGAGAAGGAGUCACAGAAGCCGGAGGAGGCAACUAAACUGCAGAACGGAGACAGCAGCAAGGAGAGCGGAGCGUCUGCAGCUGCCACCGCUUCGGCCGCCAUCAGCGAGGAGAAGAAGAAGGCCAAGACCAGGUUUAUGUUCAACAUUGCUGAUGGAGGAUUCACAGAGCUUCACUCUCUGUGGCAGAACGAGGAACGUGCUGCCACUGUUACCAAGAAAACCAACGAGAUCUGGCACCGCCGACACGACUACUGGCUGCUGGCAGGAAUCAUACAACACGGUUAUGCUCGCUGGCAGGACAUCCAGAACGACGUGAAGUUCGCCAUCCUCAACGAGCCGUUUAAAGGAGAGAUGAACCGAGGAAACUUCCUGGAAAUCAAGAACAAGUUCCUCGCAAGAAGGUUUAAGCUGUUGGAGCAGGCUCUGGUGAUCGAGGAGCAGCUGCGUCGCGCCGCCUACCUCAACAUGUCGGAGGACCCCUCCCACCCCUCCAUGGCCCUGAACACCCGCUUCAGUGAGGUCGAGUGUCUGGCCGAGUCCCACCAGCACCUCAGCAAGGAGUCCAUGUCGGGCAACAAACCGGCCAACGCCGUCCUGCACAAAGUGCUGAAGCAGUUGGAGGAACUGCUGAGCGACAUGAAGGCGGAUGUGACCCGCCUCCCAGCCACCAUCGCUCGGAUACCGCCGGUUGCCGUGCGGCUCCAGAUGUCCGAGAGGAACAUCCUGAGCCGGCUGGCGAGCCGAGGCCCCGAGACACAGACGCAGGCACAGACACAACAGAUGUCGCAGCAGUAGACACAAACUCUGCUCUUUACCUCGAAAACUUCCCGCCUCACCUCGACAUUCCUGAUUGGUGCAAAGCAGAAUGACAGACAGCGCUCCACAGCUUGAAGCCACGCCCAGUUCGCUUUGUUCCCCCUUAAACAGACUUUAAAGUUUUUCUGGAGGAUCGAAUCCCUUCCCCCAACGUUUGAGGCUGUGGACAGAAAAGCUAUUUUAUUUUUUUCCUCCUUUUUUCAAUUUCUGUAUUAAUAUUAUUGAUAUAAUGUUAUUAUGAUGGUUUUUUGGGACCUAAAUAAAAAAUGAAGUAAA